AUGGCUCCCCAUGCAGAGGCCGGUACCCCCGCCGUCUCGGGCACCACCAGCGCCCGGUAUCACGCCGCUUCGACGGAGGCUGCAAUCAAGGCCGAGAACGAGUUCGCCGCCCACAACUACCACCCUCUGCCCGUCGUCUUCUCCAAGGCCCGGGGCGUAAAUGUCUGGGACCCCGAGGGUCGCCAGUACCUUGAUUUUCUUUCUGCCUACAGUGCCGUGAACCAGGGCCAUUGCCACCCGGAACUGGUCAAGGCUUUGACUGAGCAGGCCAGCCGCCUGACCCUGUCCUCGCGAGCCUUCUACAACGAUGUGUUCCCCAAGUGGGCUGAGAAGAUCCGCAAGGUCUUUGGCUACGAAAUGGUCUUGCCAAUGAACACUGGCGUUGAAGCUACCGAGACCGCUGUCAAGAUUGCCCGGAAGUGGGCUUAUAAAGUGAAGGGAGUUGAGAAGGACAAGGCUCUUGUCUUCUGUGUCACUGACAACUUCCACGGCCGAUCGAUGACUGCUAUCACCCUGUCCACCGACCCCGAGUCCAAGGACAACUACGGCCCUUAUAUUCCCAAUAUCGGCGCCGCUAGCCCGUCCACCGGCAAGCCCAUUCGGUUCAACAAUGUUGCAGACCUCGAAGAAGUGCUUGAAGCUCACGGGAAGCAGACUGCUGCCUUCCUAGUCGAGCCCAUUCAGGGUGAGGCUGGUGUCGUGGUUCCGGACGAGGACUACCUUGUCAAGGUUCACGCGCUCUGCAAGAAGCACAACGUUCUCCUCAUCUGCGACGAGAUCCAGACUGGUAUCGGCCGGACUGGCCGCAUGCUUGCCUCUGAGUGGUCUGGCAUUAAGCCUGAUAUGGUUACCCUAGGCAAGGCCAUCUCUGGUGGCAUGUAUCCGGUGAGCGCCGUCAUGAGCUCCAAAGAAGUUAUGCUCGUCGUUGAGCCUGGCACUCACGGUUCCACGUACGGUGGUAACCCACUUGGAUGCGCCGUCUCUAUCCGAGCUCUGGAGCUCAUUGAGGAGGAGAACAUGAUUGCAAAUGCCGAGCGCCUCGGCAAACUCUUCCGCGACAGUCUUGCCGCCCUCAACAACCCCAUUAUCAAGACCAUCCGCGGCAAGGGUCUCUUGAAUGCCAUCAUCAUUGACGAGGCUGCUGCAUCUGGCCGCACUGCUUGGGACCUCUGCAUUCUCCUCAAGAACAAAGGCCUACUGGCCAAGCCAACUCACGGAGACAUAAUCCGCUUCGCCCCUCCCCUGGUCAUCAACGAGGCUGAGCUUCGCAAGGGUCUGGGCAUCAUCACUGCGGCCAUCAAUGAGCUUCCUACCGUUGAGAAAUCUCAUGGUCACUAA